GAUGGUGAAGCUGUUCAUCGGCAACCUGCCCCGCGAGGCGACGGAGCAGGAGAUCCGCGCCCUGUUCGAGCAGUACGGGAAGGUGCUCGAGUGCGACAUCAUCAAGAACUACGGCUUCGUGCACAUCGAGGACAAGACGGCAGCCGAGGACGCCAUCCGCAACCUGCACCACUACAAGCUGCACGGCGUCAACAUCAACGUGGAGGCCAGCAAGAACAAGAGCAAGGCCUCCACCAAGCUGCACGUGGGCAACAUCAGCCCCACGUGCACCAACCUGGAGCUGCGCGCCAAGUUCGAGGAGUACGGGCCCGUGAUCGAGUGCGACAUCGUCAAGGACUACGCCUUCGUGCACAUGGAGCGCGCCGAGGACGCCGUGGAGGCCAUCCGCGGCCUGGACAACACCGAGUUCCAAGGCAAACGAAUGCACGUGCAGCUGUCUACCAGCCGGCUUCGGACCGCCCCCGGGAUGGGAGACCAGAGCGGCUGCUAUCGGUGCGGGAAAGAGGGCCACUGGUCCAAAGAGUGUCCGGUGGAUCGGACGGGCCGCAUGGCAGACUUGACUGAGCAGUAUAACGAGCAGUACGGAACCGUUCGCGCGCCCUAUACCAUGGGCUACGGGGAGUCCGUGUAUUACAACAAUCCGUACGGAGCGCUCGACUAUUAUAAGCGUUACCGGGUGAGGUCUUACGAGGCGGUGGCGGCAGCGGCAGCGGCCUCCGCGUACAACUAUGCAGAGCAGACCCUUUCCCAGCUCCCACAAGUCCAGAACCCAGCCAUGAGCAGUCACCUCACCUCCACCUCUCUCAACCCUUACGAUAGACACCUGUUGCCAACCUCAGGAGCUGCUGCUGCCACUGCUGCUGUGGCUGCUGCCGCUGCCGCCGCCACUGCAGCUACCUCCUCCUAUUAUGGGCGGGACCGGAGCCCCCUGCGCCGAGCUGCAGCUGCAGUCCCCACUAUUGGAGAGGGCUACGGUUACGGGCAUGAGAAUGAGCUGUCCCAGGCCUCGGCAGCCGCGCGGAAUUCUCUGUACGACGUGGCCCGGUACGAGCGGGACCAGUAUACGGACCGGGCGCGGUACUCGGCCUUUUAAAGCUUGAGGAUGGGAGCCAGGGCCUUAGCAGCCGGAGCCCCGCCGUCCUGCGGACAGUGUCUAAGCCUCUUGUGUUGUGCUCUCUUUCAGGUAGGCUAUUUGCGGGCUGAACCCUCGGGCUGCGGUCGGUCGUAUGGGAGGACUGCUUCGCUCGCGCGGUCCCCUUUGCCGGGAUGUUCCCGUUGCUUCAUGUUUCAGUAAACAAAGGAGUUUGUGACCAACUGUGGUUUUUUGUUCCCCUUAAUUUAAUUCUUCUAAGGUGGCUCUUUCUUCCCUGCUAACAAACUGUCUGUGUAACUUUUCAUUCACCGUUUCCUUCUUUCUUCAGCCUCUGAGCAGCCCGGGCUGUGGUAAGGACCCUGCUGGCCUUGUCCCUCCUGAGGGAACCUGGAGCCCUUCUCCCUCCCUGGCUUCUCCUAGGAGUUCAGCUCCUGUCCUGGGCCCCCAGCACUAGGAUCUGCUGACCCUUUACUGGCACUGCCUGGUAUCAGAUAGCCCACCCCAUCUGGACUGUCACCCUGCAGCAGCUGACCUUCUGAGAGUGCUGGGAUCCUGGGGGGCCGGCAGGGGGUGGGCCCCCGCUUUUCUAAUGACCUCUGAUCAUGGUACCAGCUGGUGCUGGAGGCACCUCAUCCCCUUCUCUCCCCCAUCCCCUUUUUGAACAAAUAAACAUUUCUAACAAUCCA